AUGAGAGGUGGCAUAACCUCAUCGGCUGUUGCGCUGGUCGCAGCCGCCGCAGCGUCUACGGUCCUAUUCUCCAGCUCAAGCUCCGCAGUACCGCUUACCUCGGAUGGCGCUUCUAAAAACGCGCUCAAGCACUCUUUCACUUCGCGAGUCUCCACUAGCUCCACGAGCCCUUCCUCAUCUUCGCCGGCGCCCGCAUCGCAAGCCGCCAUCUCCGCUGUCGGAUUCGACUACGUCAGCGCCGUGCAGCAGGGCGUGAGCCUCGCCAAGAACAGCUGGGAGUACGGAGCGCUAGCGCAGGCGCUGCUUGAAGUUUACGACCCGUCGUUGAGCGUCUUUGGCACCUCCUCUACCGCCUUCCCAAGCGGCAAGAUCCCCAAGGAGUCCGUGUCGAGCGUCAAAAGUCUGAGCUACGCCAAGCCGCACAUUUCCACCAACACGGCCAACUAUGCGCUCGUCGCAGGCCAGGGCGCCACCGGUGACCCCGCCAGCCUAGGCGUCGCGGCCAUUAUGAUCGGUCAGACCGAUUCAUCAUAUUUGACUGCGGCAGGCAAGCAGUCGAACCAUCUCAACCAGGUGCCCAAAUACGCGAACGGCGCUAUCAGUCAGAGAGAGAACAUUGCCGAGCUGUGGGCGGACUGGAUGUACUUGGCCCCUCCUUUCCUCGCGUACUAUGCUGCGCAGACGUCCGACACCGAUCUGAUGAAGGAAGUUGUGACACAGUGCACCCUGCAGCGCCAGGUCCUGCAGCUUACCACGGCCGCCGUAAACGCCACAUCUUCCAACUCCAGCUCGGACACCUUCAACGGUCAGGGACUUUGGCAGCACAUCGUCGGGCCGCAGUCGCAAACGCUCGGACUGUGGUCGACAGGCAACGCCUGGGCCGCACUUGGGAUGGUCCGCGUCCUCGCCACGAUCCUGCACUGGCCGCGAACGAGCACGUGGGCGUCCAGCCCGACGACACUCAAGCAGUACAUCUACGAGAUCUUCGACGGCGUCAUCUCUGCUUCCUCGCUGUCGUCAGGCGCGACGGGCACCACGGCGAUCGAUCCGACAAACGGCCUGCUGAGGAACUACAUUGUCGGUGGCGCCGACGGCUGGAACGACGUGUCGUUCCAGUGGUUCGGCGAGGCGGCCGGUACCGCUGGGCUGGCAGCCGCCAUGUACCGCAUGGCCGUCCUCGAUCCAUCGCUCGCAUCGACGUACGUCCCCUGGGCGGAUAACGCGCGCAAAGCGAUUGCUGCCACAGUUGAGCCGAGUGGGAUCGUCAGCCCAACGGUCAACCCGUACGACUGGUUCUCUCAGCAGCCGUACACGGCCGGAUCACCCGAAGGCCAGGCUUUCGUCGCCAUGCUCGGUGCCGCGUACAUCGACUGCCUCAAUGCCAAGAUUUGCAAUUGA